CUAGCAUUGCCUGUAGUUGCUUAACCAAUAUAUUUUACUUGAGAAAUACUGAUAAAAAACAUAAAAUCACUAAUGUUACAACUGAAUAUUAUUGGAUUACAACCACCAUAUUAUCACAAAAAACGUGUGUGCCAAACAUCAUAAACAACGGAGGCGCUACGGCUGCAGGGGACCGGUUGAUUCUUUACACAAAAUUUCAAUGUGUUCUGGAAAUGGUUUGCAAAGAGGACGUGGUAUCAUGGUUUAAAGAAUUGGAAAGCUAUAAACGCAUAGAUGCAAUGUGUACAUUAUUAAACAUGUGCUUACCAUUCGAAUUACGCUUCAUUGGGACGUAUCUAGAGGAGCUCGGAAAGCGGGACUUUCAGGAGUUGCGUGGUGCCGAACUAAGAGCUAACAACCCCACAGACCUGGCAGCAGACAUCGGAGGAGCUAACACAGACCCCAGGACGCGACGGAAAAUGGCCUUAUAUGUUUCAUUGUUAAGGUCGUGUAAUUUCGCCUGUGCAACUACUUUGUAUAAUGCUAUGGUCAGCUUGGAGCAGACUGGCCUUUUAAAGGGUUUAUAUGGUGAACUUUUGGAAGAAAUCCUAUUGUUGUACACUAUGGCAUUACAUCAUCCAGCUUUCACAUUUGAUCAAAAAUCUCAUUUUGGUGAAAUAUUAGAGAAAUUGAAACUCGAAGAUCAGAGGAUACAGUUCCAAGAGCAACCAGAACAUAUAAAUGUAGCACCUGUGAGUGUAUGCCAUACCCAAUCUAGUGUCACACCCAAUAUGUCUGUUCCACCACCUAAUUUGUCUAGCUUGGGGCCUCCUGGGAUCAUGUUUGUUAAAACACCUGGGGUGCAGCCCAGUACCGAUGCAGUGCCUGAACUCAACUCUCCCCCAGUGUUAACUAAUACAGGAGGUGUAAUGCCUAUACUAGGGGAGGUAACUCACCCUCCACCAGGGAUUCCCAUUCCUCAGUACAAUAUGGGUGAAUUUAUGGGACAACAUGCAUGGCCUGGAAACAUUAUUGUUCCACAACCAUUAGAGGUUUUAAAUUAUGCACCAAGUGCGGGCCCAGGUGGUGGCGGUGGCGCCCCAUCGUCGCCACUAGUGUCGUCGCCGGGCGACAGUCGCACCGCGUCGCCGCGAUCGCGUCGCCGCAUGUCGCGCGACCGCUCGCCGCCGCCGCCCGCGGUCAUGGCCGACCAACCUCUAGCUGUACACCUUGCUGUUAACUUUGAGAAUCUAGCUCUUGCCGAGCAGAUGGAAGGUGUCGAUCGAUUACAGAGACGGCACAAUAUCGGGGACGAGAGGCUACGCGAACUCAGCAUUGUGCAUCAGUACCGCUCGCUAGAGAAACUAAAUGGCGUUCGGAAACGAACCGGCGCGUACUACCCGGGCACGCGGUCGUCGUCCGACAGCGGCUCCAGCGCAGCGUCAUCGCCGCCCGGCACACCGGCGCCGUCGCAGCGUCGCACGACGCCGUCUGCGCCGCCUCACUUGCCGUUCGUACCGUACCCCCGACAUUAUGCCUACCCUGCCCCGCCGCCUGCCUUCCGCCCGCCGCCGCCGCCUUUCGCAAACGGCGAGCCUCCACCGUUCGCCGCGCCGACUCCGUACCCGGGCUUCGUGCCCGUGCUGUAUGCGCCGCCGAAGGUGUCGUGCUGGAAUUGCGGCGCGGCGGGCCACGCCGGUCACGAAUGUAAGGAGCCGAGCAUGGAGGAGAUGACGCGCGCCGGCGGCUACCAGCUAGACUUCGGCGGCGCGCCGCCCGAACCGGCCGAGAAGUAGGGCCCGGCGGUCCGCUGCGCCGUGUCGCCGCCGGCCGGGCGGCCGCAGGCGCUAGUGGUCCCGCUUCGACCCUAAAUCGCCGCCGGACCGGGAGAUGACCCUUCCGGGAUCCCGUAGAGGUGAGGCGUUCCUUUGUACGAGACUCUGUGACGUCCUCGUGCGAUCUGUCCAUUAGUACCAAAGUGUCGGCUCUAAACAUGUAAAUAUUGACCUGAGUCAGCCCGUACGCAUGAGAUUGGUACCCGCGAUGUAGAACUUCGUAAAUCGGAUAUUCCAUAGGCAAUUUAUAUUAUGCUUAUUGGGGUAACAUAGAGAGCAGUGAAUGUUGAUCUAUUUAUGUUUAAGAAUAAUUGCACUUUCAGUCUUUUGAUUACAUUACAAUUUUCACUUGAACUUAUAUUGAGUAUUGUGUUUAAAAAUUGAACAUUUAAGAUUAGGCACUCAAAAUAAAUAAAAAUGCAUUUUGACAAAUAAAUUGUAUGUAAGACGAUGACAAUGACUGAAUGUUGUAUAAAGUUUAAUUAGUACCACAUGAUUAUAGAGUAUUUUUUUUUUCUAUUGUUCUAUCAUGUUUAGGCGCACACAGUAGCCUUUUAGAUUGAACUCCAGAAAUUGAAAGUGCAAUAAUCUUUUGAAUGACCAAUGCGGCUGCUAGCUGUUUUGUAGAAUUUGGAGGGAAUUCCAUUUUUUUUGACAAUGACGGCAGCAGGUGUUAGUUAAUAAUAGAUAGAUAUUCAAAUAAUAGAGUAUCAAAAAUGUUAUAUAAAACUCGCAUUUAGCACAGGCAAACUACAGAAAUGCAAAAACAAAGUUUACAUACCUGUAUAACAUUUCAUUGUUAAUGUAGCUUUGUGAAAGCAAACAUAUUUGUCAAAAUUUUAAAGCAGCAUUUUUGUAGCAUCCAAGUACAAACUAUAAAUAAUUUGUAGACAUAUAUAAAAAGUGUGACAAUGAUUUGAUGUAUAAAUUACUUUUUGCCAGUUUUUAAGAAUUUAAUUAAAAUGUGUAUUGGGUUUACAUUAUUAGUGAGUGUGCCAUAAUGGAUAAAUAAUACAUUGAUGUAAAUUAUUGUAAUAAUAAAUCAAUGUAGUUAAAGAUAUAGAUAACCAGUGAUUUCUAUUUGGUAUGAUGUUAUACCUUAAUAUUUCCCUAAUAAAUUUAACUAGAGGAUCCAAUAUUAAUCAGUAUUUAUACUAUACCUAGCAUCAAUCUCGUUUAAUAAAUUCUUAGUACAGUCCAUUAGUACAAGUUAAAUAUAAUUAAUUAGAAGUCUGUGCGUGAUAAGAUUAGUGACAUUUAAAUAACAUUAUAGUGAUCUUACGUUAAAAAUUGAAAUCAUAAUAAUGUAACCUUAUGAUUAGUAUAAAAUGUUUGUUAUAUUACAUAGAAAUACAAAUAUUUUCAAAGUAUCUGCUGCUGUAUAAUUCGGUCGGGUGUUUGAUUUUCAUUGAAAUGAUUCAUUGCUACUUUUUUGAGGCAAUAAAGAUGAUAGGGAUACUCAUGGAAUUCCCUAAAAUUCUCUUAUACCAAUUCGUUUUUAUGUGUAUCUCAAUAAAAAAUGCCUUGAAAGCAAUGUAACUUCUAAACUUUUUGACAUACUAUUAAAGUGUCAACAUGACGAAUUUUAUAGACAAAUCUAAUAUUAUUUCCUUUGACCAAGACUGAUUUCUAAAUAUAGCUUAUGAAUUGGCUCCAGGAAUUUGUACCCCUCUGUAAUACCGGUUCUCACUGGAGCGUGAACAGAUAGGACUGUUUCUUCAAUGGUUAUGAAGGGAUUUUAUUAUGAACUGUGACAAAAACAAAUAUAAAUGAUCGCAUACUUAUUUUGUAUGUGUACAGCGCGAAAUCGUAUAAUUUGAACAAGGGAUUAAAUUGAUCAAGCUCAUGAAGAUACAAUGCUCUUUAAAUUAAUGUUUAUAAUAGUCAUUGUAAAUAAUUACAAAUAUGUAAGAGAGUUGGCCACAUCAAUUCUGAUGUGUUCAUAUUUUGUAAAUAAUUCAGUUUAUAUAUUUAGCUAAUAUUUAGAGAUUGACUAUAUUUGUAAAUUACUUUGUAAUAACUCGAGUGUCCCUAUAGUAAUAAUAUUUGUUUCUCUAUGAUCACUGUCACAAAUCACAAUUUUGCAUUUUUCAAUGUCCCAUUUUUUUGAGAAAAGUUCAAAUUAGAAGGGUUGUAUAAAAUUGUUUUUGAAUAAUUAUAAAAAUAAGUUUUUUUAUCAUGUCAGAUGCGUCACGCGCAUAGGUGGGCGUCGGCUGUAGUCGCUGUGGCCGAGAUUGUAGUAUGCUGUUUUGUUUGUUAAUAUUUGUUGGUUUAGGUACAGAAUGCCUUACUGUCAAAAUGGCAUUUUAUUAUCUGUCCAUCAAAGACUUGUCGCCAUUUUUGAAAUGGGUGUUUUGUAUUGGAACCUAUUCGUUGAGUAGUAUUUACAGCUUCCCAUUGGAUAUGUAUUCUCUUUAUGAUAUAAAAUUAUUAUCAUAGAGACUCUGAGGACACCUUGUGUGAGAGUGUUUAUAUCUUUCUAUAAUUUUAUUGACAUACAUAAUAAUUCUAGAAUAUUAAUUAUUAAUUACAAUCGACAUAUCAAUUAAUGACACUUAGUUUAUCUUUUUUCAUGUUUUGAGAUGAAGAGAAUUCAUGUCCUUCACCGAAGCUCUAGAGAUUCCGUUAAAUACAAUCUUUAUGUAUGGGACUGUUGUAAGUUACGUGAAUAAUCAUCACUCCUUAUGAAGGUUGUAUGUCAUCUUAACGUAAUUAUUGUGUUAUUUAUAUCUUAACAAUUUUAUUACAUUUAAAGCAAGUUGAAGUUUAGAUUAAACAUAGAAUGAAUAACUUAAUUAUCGUAUCUACCUAUAAGUAUGUCUAACGUAGACCCGCUGUGGUAUCUACCGAUCCUUGUUAAGAGAACUAUAAUUGCAUUACAACUGCAUAUCAUUUUAAUAUUUUUAAUGGAGUGUGAUAUGAGGCGGAGUUCACUUACCAAACUACCAUAAUUGUGUGCGCAAUACUAGAUAAUAUAUUAGAUACUUGUACAUUUUUGCUAAAUGAAAAAAAUGUACCACCUGUAACGUAUAUGUACUCAGUGAAUACACGCUACUGAUUGUGAAAGUUAUGGUUGCAAAUUUAAAGCAGCUUUAUUUUUUACUAGCGGAAGUAUGGAAAUAUUUUUUUACUUUGUACAGAAUGUUAUGAAUGUGAUAAAUAAUUUUUUGACAUAAUUAGAAAUUGUGAUUUAGUAAGGUGUGUAGUUUAUUAUAAAAGUAUAAAAUGAAAACUCGCUUUACUAAAUAAAUUAUACUAUACUAUGGCUAUAUCUAUAAAAUUGUUUUCCCACGUUUUUAUAUUUGGGUACUUAUGUAUUCUAAGCUGUUGUACUACUAAUAACAUGAACAUUUCAGGAAAAUGAAUGUUUCGGCCCAGUAUUGUAAGACCUCUGUAUCCCACCAAUGCUGUGAAUCAUUUGCUUCCUGAGAAAUAAACAA